AUGGUCUCUCGAAGCAUCCUCGCACUCUGCCUUGUGGCGGCCGUUUAUGGUCACGGAGACCACGAUGACCACCAAAAGUCCAUGUCCGGGCCUCAUCAGUCCCUUUGGUACAACACGAUCCCAGGUGACGGCGGUACUCAGGCCGACUCUGUAUUCUCGGGCCUUUCCACGUUUGGUCGCCUGCCGUACCAGCCAUGCCUCGGCGCAAAGAACGUCAAGUAUGACAUUGCAUUCAUUGGAGCCCCCUUUGAUACUGGUACUUCAUACCGCCCCGGUGCUCGUUUUGGCCCGUCAGGAAUUCGUCAGGGCUCGCGGCGUCUGAACCUCUACGGAGGUUACAAUGUGCCAUUGGCCACAAACCCGUUCAGCAGUUGGGCUACUGUCCUGGACUGCGGAGACAUUCCCGUCACAUCAUACGACAAUACGUGGGCUCUGCACCAGAUCGAAGAGGGGCACUUUGAAAUCCUCUCGCGCCAGCCUGCCACAGAUGCGGCGAAGAAGGGACCUGCGAAGAACGAGCGCACCCUGCCUCGUGUCAUCACCCUGGGUGGUGACCACACCAUCACCCUACCCCUGCUGCGCUCUAUCAACCGUGCCUACGGUCCCGUGUCUGUCAUUCACUUUGAUAGUCAUCUUGAUACCUGGCGCCCCAAGGUCUUUGGCGGUUCUCCUUCGGAAGUUGCCAGCAUCAACCACGGCACCUACUUCUACCAUGCCGCUCAGGAAGGUCUGCUGCGCAACGACUCCAACAUCCACGCUGGUAUCCGCACGACGCUCAGCGGCCCUAGUGACUACGAGAACGAUGGAUACUGCGGCUUCGAGAUCGUGGAGGCUCGCGAAAUUGACAAGAUCGGCACGGAUGGCAUCAUUAAGAAGAUUAUUGACCGCGUCGGCACAAAGAACCCCAUCUACCUUUCUCUGGAUAUCGACACUCUUGACCCUGCCUUCGCUCCCGCUACCGGCACCCCUGAGACGGGUGGCUGGUCCACUCGCGAGCUUCGCACCAUCCUUCGUGGAUUGGAGGACCUCAACCUGAUUGCUGCUGAUAUCGUGGAGGUUGCUCCUGCUUACGAUACGAAUGCCGAGCAUACCACCAUGGCCGCCGCUGAUGCGCUCUACGAGAUCAUGAGUAUCAUGGUCAAGCGCGGCCCCCUCAGCGCCAUGGUUAACCAGACCGAGCAUGAUGACGAGGAAGAAAAAGGACAGCUCUCUCCCAAAGGAAAGGCGGGGAUUGAGGAAAAAUCAUGGUGGGAUGUGGUCCUCUGGAAGGUACAGGCGUCGUCGGAGGUUGGAGUUAUGACUGCAAAACCUGAAGAGUAUCUGAACCCAUCUGCAUGGCUCCAGGCCAUCCUAAUAGAUAGCCAAGUCCACAUCGAAGGUAUGGAUAGUAAAUUGCAGCAAUACGUGCUCAAGAAAGAGUCACGAGCAUCCAACUUGGCCGCAUCAGCUGAUGGAACCCAAUAUUUCCACGGUCCUUGCUUUACCCCUCGCCUCGACAGCAAGCCCGCAGCUGGAAUUCCAGGCCACCGCGUUCCGAACGCGACGCGUCGUGCUGCUGUACUGGAAUGUUCACAGUCUGCCUUAUGCAGAGCUUCCGCACAAGUUUCCUGCGUAGAGACUUGGGAGAAGAAGCACAGACCCGCACCUUUCGGGAGCAGCGGGGCGGCCUCCAUAAUCGCGACAGGGACUUUAAGUGUUUCUAUUUUGGUCGUAGGGCUAACCUGGGCUGUACGGAUAGUGCGUAGGGCGGGCACGCGCGAGCUGCUAGCGAUGAAGAUGGCCGGGGGCGCAUUCCAGUGGGCUGGUACGCCAACUGCUGCUAGACUGCGUUGCUUCACGGAUACUUUGAAGUUUGCGCAACCAAUAAUUCCACGGGUAGAGGAUGCAUUUCCUAAUGGGCACUUUGUUACGCUGGCUAUUCUCGAUAUUCAGGGCGUGUAUAAGCCAUCCCGCCCGUCAGCUCUUCCGGAUACGGCCGCCACGGAUUUCGUUGAGCUGAAGCCACGAGGCGGUGUUCUCUUCUUCUUUUUUUCUUGCUGGAUUGGUUGGGCCUUGGUUGGAUUGUCGUACGAAGAAGCUCUCAGCUUUACCGAAUCAGGUUGCUCAGAUGGUUUAGAUCGGAAAUGGAUUUCGGCGCACCGAGCAAGUGUAGCACGAAGCAAACUAUGGCUGGGCAAGCGGCCGUUCGUCCGCAAAAGGUUCAAACUGAAUGACAGCGGCACCCCCUCCCUCCCCGGCCACUUUCAGGUUUGCAUUCGUCUUGCACCUCUGCACGCGAUUGCCGGUGGCUUGAUAUGA